AUGGCGCCGGCGUGGUAUUCCUCCUGCAACAUUGUCACAUGCCGGCCAAAGAGAUUGUUUAUUAUAGUGAACCCUUAUGGCGGAAAGGGGAGUGGACAGAGUAUUUUCCAGAAUGAAGUCCUCCCUCUCACUGAAGCUGCUGGUGUGCUUUAUACGAUGCAAGAAACCAAGCAUCGCCUUCAUGCUCAAGAGAUUGCACAUUCACUUGAUCUUAGGAAGCAGACAUUUCACGCACUACAAUGUGCAACGGGUACUGGAAAUGGAAUGGCACGAUCUCUAUUGCAUGCUGCUGGUGAACCAUUCUGUAUAUCUAAUGCCGGGUUUGCAAUCAUCGGAGGGAAGCCGGGAAAGACAAGGUUCUUUAGUGUCCUGAUGCUUACACGGGGUCUGGUGGCUGAUAUUGAUAUUGGAUCAGAGAAGUAUAGGUGGAUGGGAAGUGCUUGCCUUGAAUAUUAUGUAUACUUUCUACCCUAA